CCCAGUGGAGUUAGGGAAGCGAAAACGUUAUGUACUUUGGGCAAAUAAACUGUCUAUAGAAAUGUUUUUAGACUUGGACGCCAGUAACGCUUCAAAGCCGACUCUUGGAAUAGCAGUAGCCGUUAUUUCCAGCUUCAUUAACGGCUCGACAUUUGUGCUGCAGAGAAAGGGAAUAUUACUCUCGCGCGAAAGAGGUGUUUCCUACUUAAAAGAUGUGGUUUGGUGGAGCGGAACUCUGUCCAUGGUUGUAGGUCAAAUUGGGAAUUUCCUGGCCUACAAUGCGGCCCCUGCUGUGAUCGUUACACCACUGGGAGCCCUUGGAGUUCUGUUUGGUGCCGUGCUGUCGUCUUGGAUCCUGGAGGAACACUUAAAUAUCCUGGGGAAGCUUGGCUGCCUGUUGUGUUGCAGCGGCUCCGUGGUGCUCGUACUUCACGCGCCGGUGUCAGAAUGCGUGACGUCACGACCAGAGCUGGAGGAGAGGCUCACAGACCCAGUGUUUGUGAGUUACAUGCUGGUGGUGGUGCUGAUGCUGGUGGUGCUGAUAGGAUGGAUGGCUCCGGCUUACGGCACGUCCAACAUCAUGGUCUACGUGUCCAUAUGCUCCCUGCUGGGAAGUUUCACCGUGCCCAGCAGCAAAGGCCUGGGACUGGCAGCGCAUGACGUCUUUGGCGGGGAAGCAUGGAGUGGCCGUGCCCUCGCCCUCUUCCUGGUACUACUGGGAACACUGGGCGCCAGCGUCCUGGUCCAGUUCAUCUUUAUCAACAAGGCGCUGGAGUCUUUCCGCUCCGACGUGUUCGAGGCCGUUUACUACGUCACCUUCACCUCGGCAGCUAUGCUGGCAUCCGCGCUGCUCUUCAAGGAGUGGACGGCGCUGACGGUGGCCGACUGCCUCGCCGUGCUUUGCGGUUUCACCACGGUGUGCGCGGGGGUCAUUCUUCUACGACUGUCUCAGGAGGCCUCACUUUCUUGGAAGGUAACGGGGACGCGCAAGAAGACGGAGUGAUUGGGGUUCUCACAGUGCACGAGACGCGUUAACGUCUUACGCUGCUUUUCCACUGCACGGUACCAGCUUGCAGUUUGGUAAAUGGCACCAUGUGAGACUGCAAAAAACAAGACACAUUGAACACAUUGGUCGCAACGAGACAUCAAGGUCUCCUGUAAUUAAGUUGUAGGUGCCACUUUAUCCGAGAGGAGACUGAGGGCCGCUGCUGCCAAAUGGAGACUAUGGAAUCCAAUACCACAUUUUUUUUUCCUAAUACCGCAUAUUUUGUUAUUUAUUGAUGUUUUCACGAUCAUUCCUCAUUUCUUUCCACCAACUAAGUAUAUGCAACCUCCUGUUGAUGUGUUCUGAGCAUAAUGUAAUGUCAUUUCAAGAGUAUUUCCACUAAUAUGAAGGUGUGCAAAUACAUGAUAUAUUUGUCACUUUACCUACACACAACUAGUUGGCAGUCAACUGUGAUGGUGAUGGUUGCCAUGGAAACAGUCCAGGUCCUUUCAACACCAACAUUGUGCAGGAACAUUUGUGCAGUAUUGUUGUUCACCACUAGUGCGCCGCAAUAAUACAACAAUGAAAUAUGUUGCUUAGCUUAUAAUACAUCUGUUAUGUACAUGUAUGUGUGUAUAUAUGUGUGUGUGUGUGUGUAUAUAUUUAUGUUGUGUGUCGUGGGUAAAGAUGAGCCGGAUACUUCUUUUAGAUAAGUAUCCGUUACGGAUAAUGCAUUUUUGCCGAGUACAAGCAUGAAACGAGUAACAUUUGUCAUUAUCCUUCAUAGGGAUGAAGGAAACUCCUCAUUGGGUAACGACUUAUGUAUUCACUCUUCACCCUCUGUGAUUGGCUGUGAUUCACACACAGUGACCGCCCCUCCCUAGACAGACUCCCUACAAGCCAGAGAGAGGAGUAUGCGGUGCAUUUGGCAAGACAGAGUUGACGGCUCGUGCCACGUUGGUCACUGCCUCCACUACGGAUGGGCUUUUUUUAGGUUUUCUUCAGCUCAGCUCGUAUCUAAAGUUACUUGGUAAACUUGUUUCAUUACGUACGCGGUGCAUUUGACAAGACGGAGCUCUAAACGACUUGUCACUGCUGAAAAUACUGAAAACUACAGUGACCAAGGUUGACAGAUUAUUUAUACAGAUGACGGUUUGCCAUCACUGGAUGUUUGCAUGAAUCGUCAACAUCAUACAGAUCAUUAAAAAAUAAUGAAAUAAAGUCUUACAGAUCACUUACACACAUUCACAGGACACAUAUAUAUGGCGAAAGCGAAGAAGCUUUCUCUUUUUCAACAUGGUCGGAUUGUCGAGCUGCAUGAGCAAGGCCUCUCGCAGCGUGCAGUUGCUGCUGAGGUUGGGUGCAGUAAGACAGUUAUUCUACAUUUUUUGAAAGAUCCUGAGCAUUAUGGAACAAAAACGUCACCCAUCCAGCCUGAACAACAAGGGAAACAGACGAUGAGGGAACGGCUGAUGGUUCAAAUGAAGAAGCGGCUGUACAGUGGCAGCAUUUCACUCGCAUAUGCGCCUAGAAAGAGACUGUGCGAGCAGAAAAAAUAAAAAGGGAGCACACGUGCGACUACGUUUUUCAACCCUUUCAUUUGAAUUUUUCUCCUGAAAUGAGUCCAUACAAAGUGAAUCAAAGUAGAGUAACAUGUUGGUGCAUCUCGAUAGAAAUCUACAAGUCUCCUACAACUUGUCUUGGCUCACAAGCUGCACUCGCUGACGUAGCUAACUAGCUAUGUUAUCAGUUGGAUACUGGAGCGCUGCUGGAAAGAUGACUGCUCUCUGUGACGUACUAUACUGCUUUCCCAAUCGUGCGCUAAAAUGCUCUUUUUCUGUUUGUAUUCAUCGUAACGCCGCUCCGAAUGAUACGCAAAUACCUGACUUGAAACAUAUGGAUUGGACUUACAAAGACUUUAAAAAAACAAAAGACAUAUAGGUACAUCAUGACCAAUUAUGCAAAAUUGACAAUCCACAAAUAAAGAACAAGAAAAUAAAAACAUUAUAUAAGCGUCUCUAAUGGAAACCAUGAUUAGUUUGCUGUUGGUAGCAGUUUUUAAGGAUUCCAUGCUUUAUUUGAGUCACUAAUAGAUGGUCACAUGGCGACAAGAACGUGACAUUUUCUUUUCAUUGUGGAAAUGAUCAUUUUGAUGAUGGUUAUCUAUCCAGUUUCUAAAGCCAACAUGGCACACACACAUAUACAUAUACAUAUACACACAAAUAACAUGACACUGGAAUGCCUGGCAUUGAAUAGAAUUGUUAUAAAAAUGAGAAAGUCACUAUAUUUUUAAAUAUUAUUAUUUUUUUUAUUGGACUAUAUUACCUGACAUGGUUGUGGUAAGUUGGCUCGAUAUCAACGCCGUUCUUCUUGUGCAGUGUUUAUAGGCGGAAUAGGUGCGUACCAUUACGUGCAUUAUAUUUC